AUGGUACAGCAGGAAGAAUAUGAGAACAUCAUUAUAAUAGGAGCUUCGAUAGGUGGACACGAAUGUGCCAAUAGUCUUGUACCUUAUCUACCUGGAAACUAUAGGAUAUUACUUAUUGAUGCGAGAUCUUUUGCUUGGUGGCCAAUAACUAUAUUGCGGGCUGUAGUGAUUCCCGGAUGGGAAAACAAAGUUUCAAUACCGUUAACCACUGAACGAGUCUUCAAAAAAGGUUCACAACAUCAUGUUAUUGCACCUAAUAAAGUCACACAGUUGAAUGAGAAUUCAGUGAUUCUACGACACCCCUUUGAAGGCUCGAAUGAAUUGCCUUUUUUCAGAUGUAUAAUAGCCACUGGAGCUUCUCAGCCUUUACCUACGAUGCCAGGAUGGGAUCAAACAGAAGGAGAAUUCAUGAAAUCACUUCAAGUCACUCAAAAAGAUAUUGCAAAAUCAAAGAAGGUAGUGGUUAUUGGAGGUGGUGCAGUAGGUGUGGAGAUUGCAGGUGAAAUAGCAUCUUAUCAUCCCCAUACAAAAGUCACUUUGAUUCAUAAAGACUAUGGGUUACUUUCUCCUACACCCACACCUGUAUCUCCUGCCAGUGUAGUUUCAAAUGACGGCGAAAUCCAUUCACAUUCAUGGUCAUCUCCACCUACAGAUCCUAGAUUAUCGACAGAACUCCAGAAUAUAUGCAAGAAAUUGGAUAUCAACGUAAUUCUAUCUGAUAGAGUCAUGAUUCCUUCCUCUUCAACUCCCAGUGGUAACGAGGCUGUACAAAGCAAAGAAGUGUCAAGUGAAUGGAACGGAUCCUUUGGAUUUCAGGAAUCAGUCAAAAUUCUUAAACUGAAAAGUGGUUCAACAAUCGAAGCGGAUUAUAUAUAUCCUGGAUGUGGGAUGAAACCCAAUUCUGGAUUAGUGAGAGAUGCAGAUCAAGAUGCACUAGAUGACGAUUUGAUUAGGGUUGAUGACUAUCUCAAGGUUACAACGUCAUCCCAAAAGUCUAUGUUCAGAGGACAGUAUUAUGCUAUCGGAGAUGCUUGUUCUUCUCCCGGAUUGAAAGUAGCACGUGGAGCUAUCUGGAGUGCACAUAAGACAGCAAACAAUGUAAUCAACGAGAUUAGGAAUAGGUCUCUAAGUAAAUAUAAACCGGGUUUGAUAUCACUUAAUCUCCCAUUGGGUCCGGAUGAAGGUGCGGGAAUGGUCAGCUUUGGUUGGUUAGGAACUUGGGUUUUCGGAUCUACGAUGACUACAAGGGUUAGAGGUAAGACAUCAGGUACAGAAAGAUUCUUCGCUGGUAGAUUUAAGGGAGAAGUGAAGAGUGAAAUCAGAUUUGAUGAUUUGAAGUGA